CCUCGCCUCUCUCUCAAACGUCCCCCGGAGCCUGCGGUUGGAUUCUCUUGUCACGCCCCCAAGCUGCCACUCCGCAGCACUUCUGCCCAAGAGCAACAGGCCGCCUUGUCGCCUUGCUUGAGACUCUGCCCAAACAACCCGACCAGCAACCACCCAGCCAGCAAACAUGGUUGCCGGCGCUAGCGAUGUCGGGGACAACUACAUCCAUCGCCUGGCGAUGGAUGACCCCGUCCCCUGGUACAAGAAGCGUCACCUGCGGACCAUGUACCUGCUGCUAUUCCCCUGUGUCAUCGGCAUCGAGAUGACUUCUGGAUUCGACUCGCAGAUCAUCAACUCUGCCCAGCUGCUGCCCGCCUGGAAACACUACUUUGGAAACCCAACCGGCGCCUACAAUGGCAUCCUCGCCUCUGCCCUGCCACUUGGUUCCGUUAUCGGUCUCCCCCUGAUUCCUCUGGUCAACGACACAUUCGGCCGUCGGUGGUGCAUCAUGUUUGGCUCGUGGGUCAUGGUGAUCGGCACUCUGAUCCAGGGUUUUGCUACAAAUGGCCCCAUGUACAUCAUAGCUCGUGGCAUCAUCGGCUUUGGUCUGCCGUAUGCCAUUGUUGCUGGCUCGUGCCUGAUCGGCGAGCUGGGCUACCCCAAGGAAAGACCUAUCCUGACGUCGCUGUUCAACGCCUGCUACUUCAUCGGAGCCAUCGUGGCCGCGGGCUGCACCUUUGGGACGCAGAACAUUGAGAACGACUGGUCGUGGCGGAUCCCGUCUCUGCUCCAAAUGGCGCCGUCGCUGCUGCAGAUCGCCUUCGUCUUCUUCCUACCAGAGUCGCCACGGUUCCUCAUCAGCAAGGACCGGUUCGAGGACGCCAAGGCGAUUCUGAUCAAGUACCACGCCGAGGGCAACUCGCAAUCAGAGUUUGUCAUGGCCGAGAUUGCCGAGAUCCGCACCACGCUGGAGAUUGAGAUGGAACACUCGAAGCGAUCGUGGCUGGACAUGGUGCGCACCGCGGGCAUGCGGCGCCGUCUCGUCAUCGGAUCGCUGCUCGGCCUCUUCACGCAGCUGUCGGGCAACGUCGUCAUCUCGUACUUCCUCGGCGACGUGCUCAAGCUCAUUGGCUAUACUGACCCCAGCUUCCAGACCAAGUACAACUUGGGCAACCAGUGCUGGUCGCUCAUAUGCGGCGUCAGCGCCGCCCUCGUCGUCAUGCGCUUCCGCCGCCGCACCAUGUACCUGACGGGCAUCCUGUCUAUCCUGGCCGUCUACGUCAGCUGGACCAUCUGCACCGCCGUCUUCAUCCAAAACAAGUCGGACGUGGCCGCCAAGAUGUCGCUCUUCUGGAUCUACGCCUACAGCCCGGCCUACAAUCUGUGCUUCAACGCGCUGACUUACACCUACCUGAUUGAGAUCUUCCCCUACGCCCAACGCGCUCGCGGCAUCGCCAUCUUCCAGUUCUGGGGCAAGGCCGCGCAGUUCUUUGGCACCAACGUCAACCCCAUUGGCACGCUAGCCAUUGGCUGGAAGUACCUGCUUACAUACUGCUGCUGGAUCUGUGUCGAGGCCAUCCUGAUCUGGUUCCUCUGGCCCGAGACGUCCGGCCGCUCCCUCGAGGAGCUCGCAUUUUUGUUCGAGGACAGACAAGCCCUGGAGCAGAGCACUGCGGUGGCAUCCAAGCGCACGGCCAUACACGAGGAGGAGAGCGAGAAGCACGUCGCCGUCAUCGAGGCGGAGAAGGUAUAAUGGGCUUUCUUUCAUCCGUGGCCAGGUCAAUAUGGACGAAAAAUUCAGGUUGUUUCUGUCUGUCCACCGGCGGGGGAGGGGAUCCGGCGGCGGCAACGUGCAGACGAGCACGUCAACUGCAGCGCGCCGUCGGCUUUCUGUAAUAAUAGCAUCGUGAGAGAGUAGCGGAGCAAACAAGAGAC